AGCUCCGGCUCUGAGUGCUGCACAUGAGUCAAUGUGCGGAGGCCACUCAUGCUGGCAGCUGCGCCCAUUACUCUCCAUCAUUUAUGACCAUUUUUUCUUCCCUUUGCUGCUCUAUUUUUUUCCUCGUCCUCUGCUGGAAUCCCAGGCAACACCGGUGACCGUCCGUAAAAUGAAAGAAAAACACGCAGCGUCCAUUGCGGGCUCCACGAGCAAAUGAGUGAAUGUGUACAUAAAGAUCUUCCCCUUCAACAGACAUAUUUUCGCUCUCAAACAGCCCUCCGUCAAGGCGCUCGGAGAAGACAGGGAAGCCCUCCUUGGUGGGUUUCGCGUUUCUUUUCUUCUUGCCUGCUUUGGAGGUAAAUGUGCAGACUGAAUGGCCGGAGCACAGCCCGGGGUUCACGCGCUGCAGCUCAAGCCGGUGUCCGUCCCGGAGAGUCUGAAGAAAGGCAGCAGGUUUAUGAAAUGGGAUGAGGAUUCUUCUACAGUGACCCCAGUGACCUUACGCGUGGAUCCUCAGGGCUACUUUUUGUACUGGACUGAUCAGAAUAAGGAAACUGAUCUACUGGACAUCACCUAUAUCAAGGAUGCAAGAACUGGGAAAUGCACCAAAACACCAAAGGAAGCCAAGCUGCGAGAGUUGCUAGAUGUCGGGAAUCUGGUGGGACGGAUUGAAAACAAGAUGCUGACUGUGGUCACAGGUCCUGACAUGGUCAACAUCACCUAUCUAAACUUCAUGGCCUUCCAAGAGGAAGUGGCAAAGGAGUGGGCAGAGGAGUUGUUUAGUCUGGCGUCCAACCUGCUGGCUCAGAACAUGAAUAGAGAGGCCAGCCUGGAAAAAGCUUACACAAGAUUGAAGCUGCAGCCAAACCAAGAGGGACGUAUUCCAGUGAAGAACAUAUUUCGCAUGUUCUCGACUGACAGAAAGCGUGUAGAAACUGCGCUGGAGAGCUGUAAUCUUCCAUCAGGCAGGAAUGAUUCAGUUCCACUGGAGGACCUAACUUCCGAUAUUUACAAAUCAUUCAUCGCCAACCUCUGUCCCCGACCUGAAGUCAACCAAAUCUUUGCAGAUCUUGGAGCCAAGGGCAAGAACUAUCUGAGCAUGGAGCAGAUGACUGACUUCAUCAACAAUAAACAGAGGGAUCCGCGUCUCAAUGAGAUUCUGUACCCUCCACUGAAGACGGAGCAGACACAGUUCCUCAUGGAGAAAUAUGAGCCCAACCAUGGCAUGAUCCAAAAAGGGCAGAUUUCAGUGGAAGGGUUUUCCAGGUAUCUGAUUAGUGACGAGAAUGGUGUGAUCCCACCUGAGAAACUGGACCAGAGUGAAGACAUGACCUUCCCUCUCUCCCACUACUUCAUCAACUCUUCCCACAACACCUAUCUUACAGCUGGCCAGCUGGCAGGGAACUCCUCUGUGGAGAUGUACAGGCAGGUGCUGCUGUCAGGCUGCCGCUGUGUGGAACUGGACUGCUGGAAGGGCCGCACGGCUGAGGAGGAGCCGGUCAUCACCCAUGGUUUCACCAUGACCUCUGAAAUUUCAUUUAAGGAAGUAAUCGAGGCCAUAGCCGAAUGUGCUUUUAAAACCUCUCCUUUUCCUAUUAUCCUGUCCUUCGAGAACCAUGUGGACUCUCCAAAGCAACAGGCCAAGAUGGCGGAAUAUUGUCGAUCAAUCUUUGGAGAUGCCCUUUUAACUGAGCCACUUGAGAAAUAUCCUCUUGAGGCAGGGGUUGCACUACCCAGCCCACAUGAACUCAUGGGAAAGAUACUCGUCAAAAACAAAAAAUCUCACCCCAAACCAGCUGAUGGGAGCACAAAGAAGAAGCUGUCAGAGCAAGCCUCAAACACAAACAGCGACUCUUCCAGCGUGUUUGAGCCAUCUUCCCCCAGUGCUGGCCCUGCAGCUUCAGCAGAGGUGGAAGCGGAAGAUGAUGAAGAUGAUGAUGAUGACUACGAUGACUGUAAGAAGUCCAUGGAUGAAGGGACAGCAGGUUCAGAGGCCUUUGCUACUGAGGAGAUGUCCACUCUAGUGAAUUACAUCCAACCCACAAAGUUCCACUCCUUUGAGACCUCAAAAAAAGUCAACCGCAGCUAUCAAAUGUCAUCGUUUGUGGAGACUAAGGCUCUGGAGCAGCUCACAAAAACUCCAGUGGAGUUUGUGGAAUACAACAAGCUUCAGCUCAGUAGAAUCUACCCUAAAGGAACUCGAGUUGACUCUUCCAACUACAUGCCUCAAGUGUUCUGGAACGCAGGCUGCCAGCUGGUGGCACUAAACUUUCAGACAAUAGAUCUAUCCAUGCAGCUGAACUUGGGAAUGUACGAGUAUAAUGGGAAAAGUGGCUACAGGCUCAAGCCAGAAUUCAUGAGACGACCAGACAAACACUUUGACCCCUUCACAGAGAGCACUGUGGAUGGGAUAGUAGCCAACACCUUAUCAAUAAAGAUCAUAUCAGGACAGUUUCUCACCGACAAGAAAGUGGGUGUGUACGUGGAGAUCGACAUGUUUGGACUCCCAGUCGACACAAGGCGGAAAGCUUUCAAAACAAAGACAUCCCAGAACAAUGCCAUCAACCCUGUGUGGGACGAGGAGCCAAUUGUGUUCAAAAAGGUGGUUCUACCCACUCUAGCCUCACUGAGAAUAGCUGUAUUUGAAGAGGGUGGAAAAUUCAUCGGCCAUCGGAUAAUUCCUGUUUCAGCCAUCCGACCAGGUUAUCGGUAUAUAGGACUGAGAAAUGAGAAAAACCAGUCUCUCACUCUUCCUGCCCUUUUUGUGCAUAUUGAAGUCAAAGAUUACGUGCCAGAUACGUUUGCAGAUGUCAUAGAGGCCCUGUCUAACCCCAUUAGAUAUGUCAACUUAAUGGAGCAGAGAUCCAAGCAGCUGGCUGCUCUGACAUUGGAGGAGGGAGAAGAGGAGAAAGAUGCCAAAGAGACUGAGACUGGAAUCGAGCAGGCGUCAGAGGUGAAGAGUGAGCCCAAACCUGUGCCCAUAGAGAAUGGGCUGAGCCAUGCUCCGAGUGCCACACCCAAACCAGCCUCACAACUCUCCCCACAGCCCCAGCCUGCAGGAUCAGCUAAACCUGCAGCAAAGACCGAAGAUCUCAUUCAGAGUGUCCUUACUGAGAUGGAGGCUCAUACAUUAGAGGAGCUGAAGCAGCAGAAGGUGUUUGUCAGGGAGCAGAGGAGACACUACAAAGAAAUGAAGGACCUGAUGAAGAAGCAUCACAAGAAAACCACUGAAAUGAUCAAAGAACACACGGCCAAAUACAACGAGUUUCAGCAUGACUAUCUGCGCAGAAGAGCCGUUUUACAGAAAUCUGCAAAAAGAGACGGUAAGAAGAGGUGUCUUUCCUCCAGCCCGGAGCAUGGAGCCUCGUUCUUUGAGCAGGAGCUGGCGACCUUGGACCAGGAAAGUGGUCAGAAAUUGGCUGAGCUCAAAGAGCAGCAGCAGCAGCAGCUACUGAACCUCAGACAGGAGCAGUACUACAGCGAGAAAUACUUGAAGAAAGAACACAUCAAGCAGCUAAUGGAGAAAUUAACCCUGGUAGCUGAGGAGAGUCAGAGCAACCAAAUGAAGAAACUGAAAGACUUGUGUGAAAAAGAAAAGAAAGAGCUCAAAAAGAAGAUGGACAAGAAAAGACAAGAGAAGCUCAAUGAAGCCAAAUCAAAAGAGAAACACUUAACAGAGGAGGAAAAGCUGGAGAUCAAUAGAUCUUACGUUAAUGAAGUGGUGCAGCAUAUCAAGAGGCUAGAAGAUGCUCAAACCAAAAGACAUGAAAAACUUGUGGAGACAAAUAAGAACAUCCUCCAACAGAUUAUAGAAGAAAAACCCAAGCUUCAAAACGAACUGGAUCAGGAGUAUCAGGACAAGUUUCGCCGGCUCCCGGUGGAAAUUCAGGAGUUUGUGCAGGAAACCACUAAGAGAAAGACUGAAGGGAGCGAUCAGGAGUCUCUCCCCUCCUCGUCUACACUGGAGAAACUCAGCCAUAAAGGAGCACAGUCUGAAGACGAUAUGGAAGAGGAGAAAAAAGACUAACAUACUGAAGCAUACAGAAUUCUGUUGUGCCACAGGCACUCUUCCUAAUUCAUUUUGGUUUUGUUUGUUUUUUGUAAUAUUUAACAUCUUUAGCGUUGAACUUUGUUUCAGUGGGAGAAUGUACAGCAGUUGUGAAAAGGAAAGAAAUGGCAGUUAAAGCACUUGAACUAUAAUGGACCAGACUGUGAUGACAGAGCGUUUGGCUUAAUAAUGUGCACACUUCUUUCAUCUGUAAUAAUGGAGUAUUUAUUUCAAAACCAAUUUUGUAUAGUAUUCUUUUUUUACUAUAUUUACUAUUAUGUGUUCUUCAUAAAUAAUGAUUCUCCUCACAGAUUUAGGGCCAGUAACUGACUAGUGUUCAUUGUUUAGGAAGGUGCAGGGCAUGAGCACCCAUGUUGUGAUGUGGAGAAGAUGUGAAAUGUGUCUCAUGAAGGGCAGGCGCUCACACAGGUACAUCACUGUAGCCGUCAUAUCUCUUUUACAGGUGUAAGUAUAGGUAUGUGAAUGGUUCACACUGUACAUUUGCACUGAAUUUAGGACUAUUUGCUUUAGGUUGCAAGCACAGGUGGCUUGCUGAUGUAGAUUCAUUAUCUUGCUAAUGUUGCUGCUGAUAUUGGUAGUUUUUGGAUUGAUUAGAUACUCCAGUCUAUAAGAUUUGAACUAAGUGGUACCAAUACGCUGUACUGGACUGUAACAGUUAAAGUUUUCAGGGAUGCAUGAAUAGAGUGCUUUGAUCAUUUUGUGCAUUUGUACAUUGUAGCUUGUUAUGUGAUGUAAUGUGGUUAUUUAUCUGUAAAGGCGUGUUUAAUGGUGUUAUCUUUUUUUUUUUUUUUUUAAACAGCAUACAAAUAUAUAUUAAUCUACAUAUAGUUCUAACAGUAUCUUAAAUACAGUUAUUUUUAUUCAUUUAUUAAGGGACCAUUUUUCUCACAUAUUUUGUGUUUGUUAGCUUUUAACAUCAGUGUUUUAAUUUUAUUACAGUAUACUUAACAAACAGAAUUAUACUCCAUUCCAUAAAUACUAUAGUUAAAUAGUCUAGUCACUAUCAAAAAAAAAUAAAGGAAAGAAUAUGGAAAUAUUUCCAUAUUGGAAAUAAUGUUGGAAAUAUGGAUAUGCACUUUGGAUUUCAUGAGGUAUUGCCAUUAUUAUGCAAUCUUUCUACUUGAGUGAUACUUUUAAGUAUGUUUCCAUUUUACUGAUUCAGUUAAGGAUGUAAAGCAUGGUCAAAAAUAUAGUUAACAAUGCCAAGUGAAAUGUUGUGUUGGUUCUUUUCCAGACUGUGCCAUACUUCCCUUAGUGGUUUCUUGGUGUUUGGCUCUGGUUACUUUCACUUACUACUGAUAGUUUCGGGUUAAUUCUGGUUAAGUUAAUUAGUAUGAACAGAUUACUGCAUUCAACCUGUUACAUUAACUUCAUGUAAACGUGAGAUUUUUUUUAUAUUCAUAUUUUGUAUUUAUUGAACUAUUUGUUUGAUAUGGACCAUUAAAACAAAGUGCCAAAAAUGUGCAGGUCCUACAUGAAUCCUCAAAACAUGAAGCUGUAUAAUUCUGUCAGUUUAAUCUCUUGAUUGACAUCUACUAAUAAUGUAUAUGAUAAUCUGACAUUCGUUUUGAAAGUAUAUUGGGCCCAAAGUAGCGAUCCAAUGCAGUACAUACGUUAUAGUCAUGGAAAAAUGACGUUAUGUUGCUGCGUCUACAGUAACAUUAUCAAGUUCAUCAGAACUGAUUCCCACACUUGAUAGUUUACAUGUAAAUGUGAUUCAGUGUGGUCACCUUUAAGAGUCACUGUAUUGAAUUACAUUAUAUAAUUUUUUUUUUUUACAAUACUGUACGGUUGUUUUCUUUUGACCAAACUCUUUUUGCAAAUGUAAGAUUACUUGAAAUACUUUUCUGACUGAACUUAUUUUUGAUCGUUUUAAAGUGAGGUUCUGUGCCUUUGAAUGUUACCUGUGUUAGAUGUGGAAUGUAAAAAGUGUUGAUGUAUAGAGCUCUCUUUUUUGUAUACACUGUGCACGCACUUUUAAGACAUUUAUACUAAAGAUUUACUUUUAAAAUAUUUAACUGUCAGAUUAUUGACUGUAUGCUUUUGAGUGACACUUCCAUAUAUAUAUUAUUAUUAUUAUUUUUUUUUUUGGCAAUUUAUUUCAGACAUGCUUCUGAUUCCAAUAACAAAACAGACACUGCUUAGAAACAGAAAUCUAGUUACAUUAUCAAUAUCACCAUAUGAUCAUUUUUCAGAGAUGAAUAUUGUUGGAUGUAAGUCGUGCUUGUGCUGUGCAAUGAGUUUUAAUAAAACAUUUUUGUGAAAUGUG